CAUUUGUAAGGUAACUGUUAGGUUGUUACCCAGCUUUGCAUUCAACUUGUUAAAAAUAGAAGAGUUGUUGCAUUCCGGUCUCUCAGCCGUUUAAGAAAAAUUAAGAGCUGCAAUGCCGGUGCAUUCGAGGGAGAAGAAGGAGAGUAACCAUGAGGAAAUGGAGGUCGAUUACCCGGAGCACGACGGCAGCAGCUCCGACGAAGAGGACACAGAGACCUCUUCAGUUUCAGAGGAUGGAGACAGUUCAGAGAUGGAUGAUGAAGACUGCGAAAGGAGAAGAGUUGAAUGCUUAGAUGAAAUGACAAACCUAGAAAAACAGUUUACAGAUCUGAAAGACCAGCUUUAUAAGGAACGGCUCAGUCAGGUGGAUGCCAAGUUACAAGAAGUAAUUGCUGGAAAGGCACAAGAAUACCUGGAGCCAUUGGCUACUCUACAGGACAACAUGCAGAUUAGAAGUAAAGUUGCAGGGAUCUAUAGGGAGCUUUCUUUAGAAUCUGUGAAGAACAAGUAUGACUGUGAAAUUCAAGCAGCUUUCCAGCACUGGGAGAGUGAAAAAUUGCUUUUAUUCGACACUGUUCAAAGCGAACUGGAAGAGAAAAUCAGAAGACUUGAAGAAGAUAGGCACAAUAUAGACAUCACUUCAGAAUUAUGGAAUGAUGAAAUCCAAUCAAGGAAGAACAAGAAAAAAGAUCCCUUUAGCCCUGAUAAAAAGAAGAAGCCAGUUGUUGUGUCAGGACCAUAUAUAGUUUACAUGCUGCAAGAUCUUGAUAUACUUGAAGACUGGACCGCGAUUAGAAAGGCCAUGGCUACAUUGGGACCCCACAGAGCAAAACCAGAAACUUCGACAAAAAGUGAAAAACAUCAGCACAGCACCCGAUCAGAAGAGGGAAGGUUAUUUUAUGAUGGAGAGUGGUACAGCCGUGGGCAAACGAUAUGCAUUGACAAGAAAGAUGAAUAUCCUACAAGUGCCAUAAUAACCACCAUAAACCACGAUGAAGUCUGGUUCAAAAGACUGGAUGGCAGCAAGUCUAAGCUAUAUAUUUCCCAGCUUCAGAAAGGAAAAUACACCAUCAAACACUCCUAGUCUUCUUUUUUCCAUCAUUUAAUUCGAAGGGAUAUAAACUGGUGCCAUCAAAUGUAUCGCACAUUUUUUUUAUAUAUAUCUAGGUUUCAAUUCUUUUCAUUGUAUAAAGCUAGUAGAUUUUUUGUUCUCCAUAAUGUAUACUGUGUAUAUUGUAUAUACUGUUACUCCAGGUGCCAUGGAUAAUUGCAGUUAGUGUUUUUGCUCUUUUUUUGUGACUUGCCGUCUUUCCUCCUCCUUGGAGGAAAGGAGAGGUGCUGCCAGUAGCAGUGAACAGCUUAAUCUGAGUGCUGAAAGAAUUCCAAAGUGGUAUUUUCAUGGCCAUACAGUGUUUUUGAAAGGGUUGAAGAUGGACACCACACAGGACUCCAAACAGGAACAAAUAUCAGCAUUUUGUCCCUUUGCACAUGAGUAUAUAAAACAGCCUCGAUAGUAAGCCCAUCUGGUAAUAGCUCAUGUAUGUUACUCUGCAAGCUUAGCCAAUGUAUAUCAUUUUAAAAGGUUAAGUGGAUAGAAGUUAAUGGUUAUUUUUAAGUUUUGGGAAUGGUUCUUAAGGAUGUGCCUGAGCAUUUUAGCUGUGUCUGCUACCCAUCACUCUGUACUGGAAUCCAUUGUUCAUCUCUGUGUGUUACAUUGCAGGUGGAAACAUAUUUAAUAGGUUAAAUGAGAAUGGUACCUUAAAAAGGACAGUGGUCUGGCAUGCAGUUGAGCAUUUAAAUGGUUAUUGGUGGAAAUCAAGCUUUACAGUCACCUUUGUGACAGUUUUCUGCUGAUAGGAUUCCUGCCAAACCCUUGUCUCUGACUGCUUCAGCAGGUGUGAAUAUGGUCGCUGCUGCCCCCAGUAAGACACUCCUCACUGCAGAGCACUGAUAUUUAACCACUUCACCAGGAACCGUUGCUCUAUUUACCUCAUUGAUUACUGCUGCUGUCAUGGUUUCACCUGAGUAUUUUUCUUUUUUUUCUGUCGCUGUUCACCUACAGUAAGGGAAUCAUGAUGAUCCCGUUUUUUUUUUUUCUACAGACAAAUAUGUAUUACUGUGUAAGAUAAGCAAUUAGGCUUUCAUUUAGCUUUUCUGUAUUUUAACAAAGGCAAAGGUGACUGUUCCUGCGCUGCAAUUUGAGAAAGUAGAGGAAAAAUCUGCCAAAUUUCAUUUAUGCAAGUUUACAGAAGGUUUGCAUUUUCAUAAUGCCUCUGUCUAAAAUGUGAUGUUGCAAAAUAAA